AUGUCAAGUUCAUCGAAUGCGACAUAUUCCUCCAGCGGUCCCCAUGAGGACUUCGACAUUUACUACGAGAUAGACGUAGCCUCCAUCGUUGUCAUGCUGUUCUUAGCUGUUGUAACGGUUAUCAGUAAUGGGGCUUUUUUAUGGACUUUCUACAAAGAUCCACUAAAAUGUCUCCGAAAGCCGUCUGCAAUUUUCAUCUCCGGUUUGACGAGCGCUAACUUUGUGAGCGGCCUAAUUGUGGAGCCAUCUUUUGUGGCGUUCUAUUUCCGACAUUUCCUCUCGCACUCGGCGGAAUUUCUUCAGUACUUCAGUGUUGCGCAGUUGUUUGCUUUUAUGACCACAACUACCUCAUUCCUCGUUACUUUGGCACUGGCGAUAGUUCAAUACUUACUUAUCAAGUUUCCCAGCAGUUAUCAGAAAAUCGUGAGCCCUGUAUCAGCAUUUGUCGGCGUACUUUCCAUUUGGAUUUAUUCGUUAAUUUUUGGCUUGAUUCCAUUGAUGUCUACCGUCAACAGAUUUGCAUAUGUGUUGACGAACCUUGUACUUCAUAUAAUGAUACCGACUGUUUUACUUGUAAUCUUGUACAUAGCUAUUUAUUUGGAGUUUCGGAGUCGUUUUCAAGUUAACUCUGACAGAAGAAUGGAAGUACAACAAGCCUCAUUUCAACUCACAGAAUCCGAGGAACAGCGACGAAAAGCAGAAAAGGAUUUCGCCGUCGGAACGUUCAUUUUGACCUUUGUACUAAUAAUUCUUGUUUGGCCAUUUUGUGUGUCUCUGUACAUGGUGAACUGUUGUUUCACAGUGAGAACAGCUUUAGCAGUGAGAAUCGCUCAACUUUUCUUACUGUGCAAGUUUGCCGUGGAUCCGUUCCUGUUUGCUUGGCGUUUUCAAAAGUAUAGGAAGUCGUUGUUUCUAGCAAUGAGAAGUAUCUGUUUUUGUUUCAAGCCAACGUUACCGCGCGCCAUAAUUGUCAGAAAAAAUGAAAAAAACAGUCCUAAAACUGAUGAGGAUGAUGAUGAUGAAGAGGGACUCGAAGUAACUGUCGUGAGGGACUGA